UUAUUUCUCGUUGAAACCUGUUGAUGGCUUUUUGUUUAUUCUGAUUGUGAUUAACUAAUUGUUUGUUUAAAGUUUGAAUCUUAUUUUUGUUCCUUUUAAGAAUAAAUGAGUUUUUUCAAGAAAUUUUAUCUUCCUUCAUCUAAAACUUUGAGUGAGAAUGGAGAUUGUGAUUCCAAUCGUGAUAUUUACUCUUCUUUCAAACGGACCUAUUUGAGUCCAACUCUAUUUGUUGAUUCAUCGGCUGCAAAUGAUUAUGUUUGUAAAAUUUGUCAUUUUAUGGCCGUUGAUCCAUUGGAACAUGUACCUGGACCCAAUGUCACCUGUUCUAAUAUUUUCUGUCUCCCUUGUGUCAAAACCUAUUCCACUUCUGGUUUAGCCUCUUGUCCAGCCGAAGGAUGUUUAACAAGUGGUUUUGAUUGGUCAUCUCUUCGUGAAUUGGGAACCAGAGAGAUCGCUCGUUUAUCAAAUUUAAUGCUCAAUUGUGAAUUUAAAUGUUCUCAAGUUAUUCCAUAUCGAGACUAUUGGACCCACCGAGAAAAAUGUCUCGCUAAUCCUGAUAAUUUUUGCGAAAUUUGUGAUUCCCAGAAAACACUUGACAAUCACAAUUGUCGAGAAACAUUCAAUCAACUGAAGAAAAGGAACAAGAGUCUCGAUGAAGAAAAUCACCAACUAAAAGUCGAAAACAAUAAUUUACGAAGAGAAUUAAGACUUUUCACAUCUCAGACUUCAAGACAGAUCACUCAAGAGAAGUGGGAGAAACGGGUGUCAUCUCUGAAGAAGGAAAUUCAUUCUCUGAGAAAUUCAAUCGAUGGAAGUGGUUCGUUGAAACAACCUAAAAGUGAUUUCAAUUUUAACAAAGAUAUUUUCAGAUCGAAUCGUCACCAAUUGGCCUCAUCAUCUUCAAUGUUAAAGCCUCAAUCUCUUGAAAAUUACACGUUCAAUCAACCAUCUCGAUUAGAUCCAGUCACUCCGAUGGUGAGUAGAAACACCAUUUUGGACUCACCAGGAAGCUCAAAAAUCACUUUACGCUCAUCUUCAAGUCUAUCAGACUACAGAUCACAUCCUUAUUGUUAAACUAUUGUUAUUGUUUCUUUCAUUUAAUUUAUGUUCUAUUUUCAUGAUUAAUAAUCAAACUUAUUCCUCUUGACUGAUAUUUGAUAAUUAAAGGUAUUAAUCAAUUAUCAAAACUUUACGAACUGAUUAAAUCAACCUAAUCAUUGACCAAUAAACAAUUCACUUUUUGAAAAA